AUGCCUAAGAGGGAUGUGGUUUUAUUCACUGCUAUGAUUUGUGGGCUUGUGCAAAAUGGGUUCGGAGAUCGAGCUCUGGAUUGUUUCUUUGAGAUGAAAGAGGGAAAAAUUGAGCCGACAAUGAUAACGUUGACGAGCGUGUUAUCCGCGUGUUCGCAACUAAGGAAGCUCGCAUGGGGGAAAAUUCUUCAUGGGUUUUUGUUAAGAAGGGGCUUUGCCGAUGAUGCUGAUGUUAUACUGCAAACCGCGUUGUUAGACAUGUACGGGAAAUGCGGAAGCGCAGCAUACGCCGAGAGAGUUUUCGAUCAAAUGCCCGAGAGAAACUUAGUUUCGUGGAAUUCGGUAAUUGGCACCUGUGUUUCAAAUGGGCUAUUCGAAGGUGCUCUUCAGUUGUUGCAUGACAUGGUAUUUGAAGGUUGGCGCCAUCCAAAACCUUCAACACUUGUGUCGGUGUUAAGUGUAUGUGGUGCGACAGCGGACCUCUGGAAAGGGAAAGAGAUUCACGGAUACAUAAUCAAGUGUUGCGAUAGCCAGUUUGCUGAAUCAGAGAGCUUAUUACUCUCUAAUGCCAUUAUUGACAUGUAUGUCAAGAACGGCAUCAUCGAAUCUGCGGUUUUGGUCUUCAAGAGGAUGCUGACAAGGAAUGUGGUAACUUGGACUAUAUUGAUUUCGGGUUACGGAGCGCAUGGAUUUAGUCGAAAUGCCCUAGAUAUGUUUACCCAGAUGAAGGAAUCAGGAAUUAAUCCCGACGGAAUUGCUUUUCUGUCGAUUCUGUCAGCCUGUAGCCACGGUGGGCUAGUCGAUGAUGGCCAAAAGCUAUUCGAUUCCAUGCAAAUAGAUUAUAGCGUCGCCCCUGAAAUGACACACUUUGUGUGCAUGGUCGAUUUAUAUGGCCGUGCUGGGUUUCUUGAAGAAGCUCAUAGAUUUAUCAAAACGAUGCCCGUGGAACCGUCCAAGCUUGUGUGGAGCGCACUUCUUUCUUCUUGUAGAACACACAAAAAAGUUGCGCUAGGGGAGUACGCGGCUACGAAAGCGAUAGAACUCGACAGAUAUGAUGUAGGUAACUAUGUCCUACUUUCUCGUCUCUACGCUGAGACCGGUUGGUGGGCGGAUCUUUCGAAGGUGCGAUCACUUAUGAAGGAGUUGGGUUUGAGACCAAUUACCGCAUUUAGCUGGGUCGAAGUGAAAAGAAAGAUAUACAAGUUCACGGUCGGAGAUCGAAUGAAGGAAUCGUCGAAGGACAUCUACGAUUUCUUAGAAUCGUUGAGCUUAAAGAUGAAGAGGGCCGGGCUUUUCCCGCAUACAUCAAAUGUGGGUCAUGAUAUCGAUGAAGCGCAAAAGGCGAGUGAUUUAUGCGGGCAUUCGGAGAAAUUGGCAUUAGCUUUUGCCCUAAUACAAUGUGCAGGACAAAGGGUGAUAAGAAUAGGUAAGAAUUUAAGGGUGUGCAGAGAUUGCCAUGAGGCUUUCAAAUUUGUGUCUUUGAAUUAUGACAAAGAAAUCGUCUUGAAGGAUCCGAAUCGGUUUCAUCAGUUCGCGAAGGGAAACUGUUCUUGUUGUGAUUUUUGGUAG